AUUGUUUCUCAUCGACUGAUUUUAUUUUCGUGGAUUCAAAAGUUCUCAAAAGUCGCUGAAACCCGGCGACGCAAGACUUCUCAGACGCUCAUUGACACCAAAAGCAGCAGCAUCCAAGUUGCUCAGCAACGAGUUUGGUUGCAUCGGAAAGUGAAUCUCCAACAAGAACUCCUCAAGCACGAUUCUGUUUGCUCUGAAACAACUCAAAACAUCCCACUGAAACCCGAUGUCUGAAACGUCAAAGCCGGGCUUCUUUGGAAAGCUCACGAUUCGGCGCACCAAGACCAAGGACGACGGCAGCUCAUCCAAUGGAACGGUGCGACGCUCGCCGUCUUCUGCCUCGGGGCUGGUCGGCAGCUUUCCCGCAGCAAUGAUCAUGCCGUCGUCCUCUCCCUCGUCGCCCAUGGGCACGCUCAAGGAAACCAAACAAGAAAAGCGCGAUCGCGAGCAGCGUGAAAAGGACGCCAAGAAGAUUGCUCGCAUUUCCAAGGUGUUUGCAGACGAGCCAGCUCCAGAAGAGCAGCCAAUGGUCAUUUCGUCGCCCAUCACUGCUGCUGCUGCUGCUGCUGCUGCGGAUGCUGCUGCUGCUGCUGCUGCUGCUGCUGCUGCUGCUGCUGCUGCGGAUGCUGCCGCCCCACCAGGCUCCAUCCCCGUAGACGAUCUGUCCGAUGAGGAAAACAACCCCACCGUCACCGCCCGCCUCGCCAAGUCUCGUGCCAAUAAUAAUACCAACAAUCAUAAUGCGGCCAGCAGUCGUCCGACAUCCACCCUGAUGGACGACUCCUUUUCCACGUUGAAGCGUCCAUUCACCCAUGCGGACCCGGCUCCUCCGCCUCCAGUCGCACCGAGACCCGCACUCGCGCCGCGACCGCAGUCAGGCGACAUUUUCAGCGUUCAGCGCACUGUCUACCCGUCGGUUGAGGUUGUCCAAGUCAUCGAAGACGACGCCCUGUACGCGACUGUGGACGACAUUCGCCGCCUUGUGCAGGCCAAAGGCACGCCGUCCAUGCACGACGACGAUGGCAUGUACAUUUCCUUGAAUGAGAUUCGUAGUUUGGCCGGCGCUCUCAUGCGCGACGGCGCCCAUGCGGCCAAUGGUGCUCAGGCAGGCCAGGGCACCUUGGACGUUCAUGUCACGGAAGGAGAAGACAUGUACCUCUCGUUUACAGAGUUGCGCGCAGCCUUGGCUCCCCAGACUGCAGCAACGGCGGCAGCAGCAACAACGGUGGCGGCAGCAGCAGCAGCAGCAGCAGUCGCGGCAGACGAUUCACUCAAAACUGGCUCCCCCAAGACAACGCGAACCUCGUCCAACAACAUUGCGAGCAGCUCUUCUGCUGUCUCUGCCGGUUCCACAGACUUGCUCAAAUCCGACACCCACUCGAGCAUGUUGUUGCGCGAGUUGCUCAAGCACAGCAUUUCAAGUGUGCCUGAGCCCGAGGGCGCCGGCUUGUCACCAGCGGGGACGACAGCGUCCAUGCUGGCCCUUCCGGGCUCUCCGAAACUUGGCGCUCGCACUUCUUCUUCCGCCAGCAGAACGAGCCUGGGCGGAGCGGAUUCUUCUGGCGCACCCAAGCACAAAGUCAAAGUCAAGCUUUCUUUCGACUGCGAUGUCUGCCACAAACCACUCACAGAGGCUUUCUAUCUCAAGGACGGAAAACGGUACUGCCCGUCAGACUACCGUGCAGUGUUCAACGUGCGUUGCGGCAAAUGCAACCUAUUUAUCGAGGGCAACUGCGUGGGUGUUGGUGGCAAGAGCUUCCACCACGCGUGCUUGUCCUGCGCCAACUGCAACAAUGGCAUCGCGCCGGGCGACAAGCUCGUUGUCAAGUACGACAAAAUGUACUGCUCGCCGUGCGCGAAUCGUGUUUCACUGCUUUUGGAAUCGUGCACCAUUUGCCACGACCCGGUCUUUGGCGAGGGCAUCAAGGCGAUGGACCGAUUGUACCAUCCCACCUGCUUCUGCUGCACCGAGUGCAAGAGGGAGCUGACCAACGAGUACUGCUCCAAGAACGACAAGCCGUACUGCGAGAAGGACUACAAGGCCUUGUUCUCCCGAAAAUGCGCCAAGUGCACCGAGGUCAUUCCCAGCGGCCAGGCCUUCCAGAUUGCAGACGACUACUUUCACAUUUCCUGUCUUCAAUGCAACAUUUGCAAGGAAGGCAUUCAACCAGAGCAGGCCAUUUUCCUGCGCAACAACAAUCCGUGCCACUGCGACUGCAUGUGCUGCUCCAAGUGCAAAACCCUGUUUGGUCCCGGCGACACGAUCUACACGUCUGACAAUGAUGCAAUGUUUUGCAGCAAGUGCGCUUCGUAGUGGACUUUGGAGCGAGCUCAAGUUUUGGGCUGUGAUUGCCGUUUGCUGUUGUUUUUCGCUUGGGUCGCUUCCCAUCCGAGGCGGCGUCAUGUUCGUUGUUCUCUCGUUGUUGUUGUUUCUGUUCUCGUUAUUGUUUUGAUUUUGUUUUUGUGAUACUGGUGUUGUGAUGUAGAUCUUCGAUGAAUGGUCUACCAAAAAGAGUUUUGCUGUUGUGAUUGACUGGCACGUUCAAUGCAUUGAUAUUCCGUGUUUCCCCCGUUUUCUUCCUUUUGAAUUACC